UUUCCAACACAGAAAUUUGAUGGAACAACUCGAUUGAUACAUUCGAAAUUUCCUGCUUUAAUCUCGUUUGGUCUUAUCAAGUCGUGCCGUACCGUAUCCAUCGGUGCUUUGACUUCCGGUAGGUUGGUCUCACAUACUUUAUUUAUUAGGUAGAACGGUAGACUUCCGAUGACAUCAACUUUUUUCUCUGAGUGCAUUUUUCCUACCGUAUCUAAUGGUGCUUUCCUUCCAAGUUGGUCCGUUUCACAUACGGUCUAUGAAGCAGCAGACUCUGGUAACAUCAACUUUCUCUCUCUCUCUUUUUUUUUUUUUCUUGGUAGACUGAUGUUUUAUUCCAGCACAGCUGUAGAUAUGUUAAUGACUUGUCUAGAUACUCAGGUGAUGGUGAUUAUAAAUAACAGGGCAAAGAGUCCUAUGUUUCAAGACUUAAGAAGUUGCAACCAUUAGUCAAUAUAUCAUUUUGGCCAAUUUUUAAAACUCACGAUCAUAGUUUGUAUGGUCUCUAUUGACAUUGUUGCAACCAAUGAUGCUUUCACUCUUUACUUGGCUUUUCAUGUUACUUCUUGCAACAAUUCUCUUUGAAAUCAAUGUGGUUUUAGUUUCUGGUCAGUGUCUAAGCGACCAGCAGUGGUUUUUGCUUCAAUUAAAGAACAGGCUCGACUUCAAUUCCUCUUCAUCUCUCAAACUGGUGAAGUGGAAUCAAACCACAGAUUGUUGCAUGUGGGAAGGUGUAACAUGUGAUACCGGAGGUUAUGUUACGGAUCUUGAUUUGAGCAACAAAUGGAUUGUAGGAGGAAUUGACAAUUCAAGCAGUCUCUUCAAUCUCCAGCAUCUCCAGAGUCUAAAUUUGGCAAACAACCACUUCAACUCUGACUUUCCUUCCAGUCUUUCCAAGCUUGAGCGUAUUGAUUUGAGAGACAAUGCACUAAGUGGAACUUUUCCUACAACUUUGUUUGAGAUUCCAUCUUUGCAAAGUUUAGUACUCUCGAAAAAUCAAUUCACUGGUGAAUUGCAUGAAACCCCAGAAUUAGCUUCCUUUACUUUGCAAUCCCUUGAGUUGGAUGGUAAUAUGUUGAAUGGAUCUCUCCCAGUGUUUGUAUUUGGACUCCAGAGCCUCAAGGUCCUCAUCCUUUCUUCCAAUAAUUUUAGUGGUCCAUUAAAUUCAAGUUUAAUUUUGAACCUCACAAAUCUCUCUACUCUUGAUCUCUCAUUCAACAGCUUGUCCAUCAAUGGAACCAAUUAUGAUCCUGCUUCUUUUCCCCUGAUUCAAACAUUAAAAUUGGCUUCUUGCAAGCUGAAAAGAUUCCCAAAUUUCUUGGAGAAACAAUUCAAUCUAUCAAUUUUAGAUCUUUCAGCCAACCAGAUUGAUGGGGAAAUACCCGAUUGGAUUUGGACUCUUCAAUCUCUUAGCUACUUAAAUCUUUCUUACAACUUUCUAGUGAAUUUGCAAGGACCCCUACAGGUUCAACUUUCUCAUUUGUCUGUCUUAGACCUUCGUAACAAUAAAUUGCAAGGUCAACUACCAGCGCCCUCACCACAUUUAGCAUAUGUAGAUUACUCGAGCAACAAGUUUAGCUCUAUUAUACAAUUCUACAGUAGCUCAAGUACCUUUUCCUUCAUCCUUCUUUCCAACAACAACCUUCAGGGAAGUAUUCCUGAAUCAAUUUGCGAUGCUACAAAUCUUCAAGUCCUUGAUAUGUCGAAUAAUUCCCUAAAUGGCACUAUUCCUCAAUGCUUAAAUGAGAUGCAGUUUCUUAAGGUGUUGGACUUGAGUAGAAAUAACCUCAAUGGCAACAUCUCUAAUAAAUUUUCAAGUAACUGUUCGUUACAAACACUAAACCUCAAUGGAAACCACUUAGAAGGGGAAGUUCCUAGAUCUCUAGCCAACUGUACAAUCUUGGAGGUCUUAGACCUUGGGAACAACCAGAUUAGUGACACUUUUCCAUGCCAUUUGAAGAACAUGUCUAGUUUGCGAGUCUUGGUAUUGAGGUACAACAAAUUUCAUGGGCUGAUUACUUGCCCAGAUGACAAUUCCUCUUGGCCACCACUUCAAAUUGUCGAUCUUGCUUCUAAUCAUUUCAAGGGAGAACUGCCUUAUCGUUGGUUACGAACUUGGGAGGCAAUGAUGGUUGCUUCAGAUGAGUUCAAAGUCCUUGUUUUGGAGGAAGAUGUUCAUUUUGAACUUGAUCAUAACAUUCUAAUCCCUGCUGCAACAUGUUCAUAUUGCACGGAUGAUGGAUGUGGUAGAUUACCCAGGAGAAUUCCUGGAGUGUGCCAGGAUACUAAUGCGGAUCUUUUUAUGUCAACAACUGUGGAUAUUUUCUCUCAAGGAAUCUAUUAUCGCUUUGCAAUAACGACAACCAUUAAAGGUUCCGAGAGACGGUUGGUGAAAAUUUUAAGUCUCUUCACCUCUAUCGACUUUUCAUGCAACAAGUUUGAAGGACAGAUACCAAAGGUUUUGGGGGAGUUUAGGGCACUCUAUGCCCUCAAUUUGUCACAUAACUGUUUUAUAGGUCUAAUUCCGUCAUCUCUAGGAAACCUACAACAUCUUGAAUCUUUGGACCUUUCUAGUAACAACUUGAGUGGUGAAAUUCCUCAACAGCUCGGAGAUCUUAAUUUCCUUGCAGUCCUUAACCUCUCACACAAUCAACUUGAAGGAAGAAUCCCGAGUGGAAGACAGCUUCAAACAUUUUCAGAAGAUUCCUUUAAAGAUAAUAAAGGAUUAUGUGGGAUGCCCUUGAAGAAAAAUUGCAGUGUGCCACCAUCCAAAGAUAAACAUUCAGAUGAUGGAACCUAUAUUGACUGGAAUUUCCUAAGCAUUGAAUUGGGAUUUGUUUUUGGCUUAGGAAUUGUUAUUCUACCACUUAUGUUUUGCAAGAGAUGGAGGGUGUGGUAUUGCAAACAUAUUAAUGGUUUUCUUCGCCGGUUUUUCCCUUGAUUGAAUUAAAAAAGCAAAAAUCGUGGAAGGAGAUUUCCUAAGAGUACCAAAACACGGUUGAGGAACAAGCAACGGUGAGGAGAAUUGCAAGCACGGUUCUUGAAACUUUAAUCUGUGUUGUAUGCCUACUUUUUUCAAUAUCAAAACUCAUAAAUGUUACAAAGUUAUAUGUGAUUUAUGUUUUGCUUUGUAUUAAUAUGUUGUAUUAUUAUGUGUGUAACCAAAUAUAUAUCUUGUUAUUAAAAAUUAUUUUAGUAU